UUGCGGUAAUUGUUCGAUUAGUGUAAAAAAGUUGCCAAUGUGCAUUCUAUAGAGCGCCAAGAAAAGAAUUAAAAAAAGUAAAUAAAAAAUCGCAAGCAGCCAAACAACAGCAAAAAAGUUUGUGCGGGCAGCCAAUGAAAUUCUCUCUUUUAACCCUUUUCCCCUGACGUAGCAUUUACCUGUGAAAGUGAAAACGCAAACGAACGAGGCAAGCAAAACAAAACGCGUGUGUGCAAGCAGCAGCAAAAAAAAGGAAACCAAAUCAGAAUUAACAAGCAGUGAGCGACAGAGAGAGAGGGCAGCAUAAGAACCCAAAACAUAACGAAAAUAAAUAUCGACAACUGCAGCAUCGCAGCAGACAAAAAAAAAACAACCAAAAUAGAAGGAAGAACAAGAAGAACAACAAGAGUAACUAAACACAGCCAACGACUGACCCUGAAGCGCCGCUCAUUUAUUAUGUACAACAAUAUGCUCGCGCAGUAUUUGUUUUAAAUCUUUCAUUAUAAUGAAUUCCGCGCGGCAUCAUCGUAUUGGAGUGUUUCUGUCUCCAUAAAUGCCACAUAAACAACAACAACAAAAACAAUAACAACAACAAAAACACAACCAACUGCAAAUAAAGUUGAUCUAGUCAAAAAAUUAACAAAUAUUGAAUAAACCGAUAGAAAUUGCGCCUAAACCAAACGCAAGCUCUUAAACAAGAAGAAGAAAACCAACUGCACACACACACAUAUUUACUAAGGAGCCACAGGCAUACACUGCUCAAAAACGGAGACAGUUAAGAAGAAAACACUGGCUAAGAAGAUGCCCUAUCAUCGUGCCGAUACAUCGGCUCAGGCCGAUAAGCUGAGCGGCAUUGUGGAGGAAAGCGAUUUAUACGAGGGAUUCGCGCCGCAUGUGGAAACAUCCGAAAUCAAAACACUCGAUUUUUACUCUCUACCAAAGCAAACUGGCAAAGAGCCGGCGCUGCGCUCGUUCACCGAAAUCCAACAGCUGCUGCAGCAGGGCAAGAAGCGCGAUGUCAAGAGUAUACUCAGGGAGAACUCGUGGCCAAUUAACUCGCCGAUACGCUCCCAAUUGUGGCCGGCACUGUGCGCCCAGCAUUUGACCAAGCAGAACAUGCUCGAUGGCUUCUACUGGGAGAUGGUGCAUCAGGUCUUUGGCACCACGGAACUGUCGGAUAAGCCCAUCAUGCUGCCCGCCUUUGUGGAUGCCACACAUUGUUUGCCGUAUCAUUUGACCAGCACGGGACGCGCCGUUGCCGAUCGCAUCGUGAAUGUAUUGGGCUAUGAUUGUCCCGACAUUACCUACAGUCCAGUAUUGUAUCCGAUUACAUCGUUACUUUUGCAUUUCAUGUCGGAGGAGGAAGCCUAUUUGUGCCUGGCCGGACUUGUGGGCAGCAAGGAGAAGACAUUCAUUAAUCAAACCAAACUGCAGAAUGAGGUCACCUGGAAGACGGUCAUGCAGAUAGCCAAAAAGCACACAAAAAGUGCCAUUGCGUAUUUCCAACGCAUCUGUCCCAGCCAGAAGCUGGAGCGCGUCUUCAUGGACUGGUGCUGGUGGAUAUUAGCUGGUCUGCCCUUUCAGCAUUUGGUGCGAAUUAUGGACUGCUAUUUCCAUGAGGGCAUCAAGGUGCUAUAUCGCGUCGCCCUGGUCAUACUCAAUCUCUUUCACAAGGAAUGCCAGUCGAACAACGAAUGGAGUCCGGACAAUAUUAAAAACGACAUUGGCAAUGCGCUCAUCAAGUUCUGCAAAAAGAUACCAGUAUCUCCGGCUAAGCUGCUCCAUGCCGCUUUUAGUAUUAGGGGACUCAGUACCCAGUAUAUUUCUAGAAUAUUUAUCAAGACUGAAAUGCUACUAAAAAGCCGAUCCGCAUUCAAUAGCGGCUCGAAGCAAUUAAUCAAAUCGCGUUCAAGUGAUAAUCUGCCCACUAGUCAGUCGCAGGUCAACAUCCAAAUGAUGUCACAUACAUUGACCAUACGUGAGAAGCUGCACUCCGAGAGCUGUCGCAAUUUGGGCGAAAAGUCGCCCGGUCAUAGAGCCAUCGCCAUGGGUGUCUAUCCCAUACACAAUCUCAAAAGUCAAGUCUGUAAGAACGAAGAUCUGUUCACGCUGUGGUCCUGGCUGCCCGUGCGAAUCACCAUGUACCAGCCGGUGCUGCUCUACACCACCGAGGAGCACGGCUGCUCCCUGACGACCUUCUACGUGCGCGUCGAGCAGCACGAGCCCACGCUGCUCAUGAUCAAAACGUGCAACAAUGAGGUAUUUGGCGCCUAUUGCUCGUCGCGCUGGUUUGAGCGCAAUGUCAAGGAUGACAAGGGCCAGAGACAGGCCUACUUUGGCACCGGCGAAACCUUCUUGUUCUCGCUGUAUCCCGAGCGGGCCAAGUAUCCCUGGGUGGGCAUCGAAGGCGAUCGCGAUCUGGGCCACAGCUCCGAGCUCUUUAUGGCAGCUGACUCCAAAAUGAUAACAAUUGGCGGCGGUGAGGGCCAAGCUAUUUGGAUGGAUGAGAACAUACGAUUUGGCAAGACGGACAGCUGUAAGACCUUCAACAAUCCGCCGCUAUGUCCGUCGGGUGACUUUGAGAUACGCGUACUGGAGGUCUACGGCUUCGUGGGCAUCUAAAGCCAUAUAGGCCCGAUUGGCCCAUAGAAACUCAAAACGAAACCAAAUUGCCCGCCGAUGUUCAAGUGCUCAGCUGAAACCCGCACCUAUGCUCCUCUCAGACCUACUCAUACACACACACACACACACACACACACAGUCUAUGCCUACACACAUAUACAUAUAUACAGACAAACACAAUGCGUACGCUUGCGUUUCCGGCUCCAGCGGAAACACUAGGCAGAAGCGAAAGAUGAUGAUGAAGAAGAAGAAGAUUAAUAUUUGUGUAAACAUUUAUAAAAACUUAUUUAUAAAUAUGUAUCUAAAGAGUAAAAACAAAAAAAAAGGCAGCAGUCGUUGUCGUCAUUGCUGUUGUAAUGUUAAAUGUUUAAAACCCAAGCAAAAACAAAUUAUAUAUUGUAUAAUGGAAAUACUCUGUGAGUUAAUGUUUCAAAACGCAAAAGCUUUGAAAUUAUAUACAUACAAUAGUUGUUAUUCAUAAAAAAAAAACUAUUUAUAUAUAUAUACAUAUAUAUCAAAUAUGUGUACAUCUAAAUGUAAAUCGUAAAACGUAACCCUAUUUCUAUAUAACGACUUUAAACGGCAGACAACAAACAAAAUAUAUUCCUUAAAUGAAAAGAAAAGCAAGCAAAAAUAUCAAAAAAAUAUUGUCAUGUUAACUUUGUCUGCACAUUUUGAUAAAUAUUAUUAUUAUUAUUAUUAUUAUGAUUAUGCCUAAAGUAAUUUGUAUGUUUACUUUUAUUAUUAUUUUUCUGCUUUCUGUAAACCAAAUUUACUGACUUGACUGAAUUCGUUAUAAAUGUUAUUAAUAUUAUUAUUACAUAUGUGUAUAAAUUAUAUACUUUGUAAAUUGCAUUGGAAACUUUUUUAUUUUCUUACUAUUGCUAGUUUCUAUAUAUAUAUAAACUACCUAUAUAUAUAUAUAUAAAUAUCCAUAUACAACUGAAAUUUGCAGCAUGAAUUCAAAGCUAAAACAAAACACUAAACUUGCAGUGCAGUGUAAUAGUUAUAUAAACGUAUGCUAUAGCUACGGUUAGAAGCCACAAUAAAGCUAUUUGGGCGUGCAGGGUGCGAGGUCGAUAAAGUGGGGAUUUAAGGGUCGGGGGGUGUGCACACAUGUCACAUAUUGAUCUCAUUUAUGAUCCGUAUCCAAAGCUUACAACAAAUUCAAUGUUUAUUUAAGACUCAUUCCAUUUGUGCAUUGCUCAAACUACACUCUUUUUUUUUAUUUUUAUAAACUUACUCACCGACAAAAAUUUUGAACUAUUUUGUUUCUAUACAAAAACCUAUUUUUCUUUUCAUUUUUCUAGUCAAGAGAAAACAAGAAAAAUUUCAAACAUGUUGUGCACAAAGUUUCUUUAUUUUUGGUAGGCGCUUGCGCACGCCCACUUUAGCGACUGCUCUUUGCACUACUCAAGCGAAUUGUUACAAUCACAACGAAUACAAAACUUAUAUAGAAAAUAUUACAACAAUUAACAAUACAUAAAUCAUAAAUGUAAACUAUGCCAAAAAAGAAUGCGAUUUGCUGUUGCUGCUGCGCCGACUCAAAGUUCUAUGCGCCACUCAAUUUUAGUUUAGAUGAAACGCAUAGAUCAAUACUCUAUGAACAAAUGAAUCAACACAUUUCGGAGCUGGACUCCAAAAUAAAAAAAAGAACACACACACACCUCACUCAUUUGCAACACACACACACACACAUGUGGCAAGGCAUGACAGCAAAUUUGUAAAAUGUUUGUGGCUGGUUAAAAGAAAACAUAUAUAUAUAUAAUAAAUUAUGUGUAUAUUAUAAAUUUAGUUUUUAAUUAAUUAAACUCUCUGUGUUGUUGAAAGAAUUGUGUAUGUAAACAGCAUUAAAUAUGGCAUAUGCUAUAGCUCAUACCCAUAAUAGCCUAGCUGAAAAGUUUGAUUAAUUCAAAAGUGAAAAAAUAUGAAGUUAAAAAAAUUAUGUAUAAAUAUAUUUGUUACUUGUUUCUGCGCUGUUGAUAAAA